AAAGAAAUGAUGGUCGAAGAAGUUUGGUCGGCGUGGUUUUUACUUGGUGAACUCCUCCGCCCCCACCUCCUUUCCUCCUCCCCCAAGUCUUGAUCGGAAUUCUCGGUUGUGUUUAUGACCGAUGCAUAGUCCUCCUCCGGUGCCGUGCUGUGGUGUCUGCUUCCUUUGUGGUCUUUGUUUCUGCUGGACUCCGUAGAUCCAUGUCUCUUAUCCCUCGCGAGUUCUUUUUCCUCGCUCCGCUCCUUUUCUCCUUCCCGUUGCCUCUACCCACGAGUAAGAGGUGGUUUGCAGUUUGCUUUCUCGUGGCAUUUCUUCUCGGCUUUUGAAUCAAACUUCACCCAUAAAAUUUUGGGGGGUUAAAAGGAUUCAGCCCCAAAGUUCAGAUUCGCUGUGAAAGCUGGUUUGGUGUUUAAAAAUCCACCUUUGUUUCCGGAACUAAAGGAAAGGUACGCAUUCUUUGCCCUUCACAAUGGGGACUAUAAGUAGCGUCGCCAGGGGAGGUGGAGAGGAAGGGCAGGGAGGGAGCUGUCAUUCUCAGGGAGAGGCAGAGGAUUUGAUGGGGCAGGGCCCUCCCCGGAGUCCCAGUGGCGCGGCCCGCUUACCUCUGCUCUUCACUCCUCAGAUUCCCGUGCCCCCGUUGCAGGGACGAGAGGAGAUGCAUUCACCAAGUGACUCACGGAUGCCAAACUCCAUUACGUAUGAGGAUGUCCUCGAUGACCAAGGGAUUCCAACGAUGAUCACCUGGAUCCAUGGUGGCAUGGAAGUCUUCGUGGAAGGAUCCUGGGAUAACUGGAAGACAAAGAAAUCCUUGCAAAGAUCAGGCAAGGAUUUUACAGUCAUGAUGGUGCUUCCUUCAGGUUUCUACCGAUACAGAUUCAUAGUUGAUGGAGAAUGGCGAUAUGCCUCUGAUGUCCCAUGGAUGAAUGAUGAUAUGGGGAAUGGCCACAACAUUUUGGACUUGAAGGCAUUUGUUCCCGAGGAUUUGAGAGGUGUUGCUGGGUUGGAAAUGCCUCGAUCCCCGGAGUCGAGCUACAACAACUGGCCGCUUGGUUCAGAGGACUACAGCAAAGAACCACCACUCGUACCUCCACAGUUACACCUCACCCUCCUUAAUUCACCGGCCACCGUGGACUGCACCGCCUCUCUCACGAAGCCUCCCCACGUGGCACUAAAUCAUCUCUACAUUCAGAAAGAAAAGAGUGGUCAGCCUGUCGUGGCACUCGGGAAAACUCAUAGGUUUAAUUCCAAGUUUGUCACCGUGAUUCUCUACAGGUCCUUGGCAAGGUAAAAUGUACAGAACGUACCUGCUGGUACAGUGUGUGACGGUCAAAACCAUGUGCUUGGAGUCGAGGUAACUCGAUCUAUGAUCAGUGAAACUGUGAUGUUAUGUUGAGGACCUCCAAAACCGAUGAAGGGCGUCGUCAUCUUCAAGGUCCUGUAAUCAAGAAGCGAGCACUUGCUACUUGCUGUAGUGCUUUGUGCUAGAAGAAGGAACAAAAAAAGAGCCGAGGUCUCUUUCCCGUUCUUUUGACAGGUUGACGGCACUCGCUUUUUGGAGGAAUAAUUACAUGGGAGUUUGAGAUCUGCUUGGGUUGAUAA